AUGGCAGCCACUAACGAAAGCGAGCAGCAGGCUGCUUCUGGUGCCGGUGAGCCAACAACACCGACCGGCCCGGCAACUUCCUGCCCGCCGGUGGCCACGCUUGAUCCGCAGCUGUUGAUGGCUGCUCGCCGCGGCGACAUCAAGCAGCUCAAGGAUCUGCUGCUGCUCAAGGACGGCGACGAGCAGCAAGGCUCAUCGUCCGUGACGGCGGGAGCACAAGACGCGAUAGUGGAAGUCGAUCCUCGACCUCCUCCUCCUCAUGACGCUGUUGCACCACCCUCCUCUGGAUCGUCGUCACCGCCGCCGCCAGUCCCGGUAGUCCUUGAUGAGGAUGGUGUGACCAUGGAUGGGGACUCCCUGCUGCACGUGGUUGCGGCAUGCGGGGACACGCAACAGUACCUCGACUGCGCCAAGAUGAUGGUCCGCAACAAGAAGCACAAGGCCGGCGGUGGUGCAGAUGCAGUGCGCCUAGCCCUGGAAGCGCGCAACCUCAAGGGCGACACGCCCCUGCACUGCGCCGCCGGUGCUGGGAACGCCAACAUGAUCGGAUGCCUCCUCACUGAUCUCAUCGCCAACACCUCCGGUGACGAGGCCGUGGCAGCGGUGAAGAAGGCGUUCCUGAUCAGGAUGCAGAACGAGGUUGGGGAGACCGCGCUCCAUCAGGCUGUCCGCGCUGCCAACAACAAGGUGGCCUGCAUCGACCAGCUCAUGGCCAUGGAUCCACUCACCACCGCAGCCGCAGCCGCCGAUGCCCGGCCAGUGGCUACACUUGAUCCGCGGCUCUUGAUGGCUGCUCGCCGCGGCGACAGCAAGGCGCUCAAGGACCUGCUCCAGCUCAACGAUGACGACGGCAACGACGAUCAACAAGGUGAAGACACACGGGCGGACGACGAGGGGAGCGGGACACCCACCACCGAUUCUGCAGCGUCCAGGACCACGUCCGUGGAAGCGGCACCAUCGAUAUCACCGCCGGACCACAUAGUGGAUGUGGAUCCACGGCGUCCUGACGCUGUUGCUGCGCAUCUGCCGCCACCACCGCCGGUCCCGGUCCUCGAUGAGGAUGGGGUGACCACCGAGGAGGGCUCGCUGUUGGUCCACAGCGAAAUAGUGGAACAAGUGGUCGUCGAGCCACCGCCUCCUCAUGAUAAUGUUGCGCCGCCGGCGCGGCAGCCACCAGCGGCAGCACCCGCAGGAUCAUUCCCAGCAGCAGUCCCAGUCCUCGAUGAGGAUGGUGUGACCAUGGAGGGAGACUCCCUGCUGCACGUGGUUGCGGCAUGCGGCGACACGCAGGAGUUCCUUGACUGCGUUGAUGUUAUCGUCCGCAACAAGGAGAAGAAGAGCGGUGCUGGUGGCAAGCGCCGAGCUCUGGAAGCGCGCAACAACAAGGGCGACACGCCCCUGCACUGCGCCGCCGGUGCUGGGAAUGCCCACAUGAUCUCCUGCCUCGUCGGUCUGCUGGCCAACACCGCCGACGACGACAACGACAACGACGAGGCGGGGGCAGCGGUGAAGAAGGCGUUCCUGAGGCUGCAGAACGAGUGUGGAGACACCGCGUUGCACCAGGCGGUCCGCGCUGCCAGGAACAAUGUGGCCUGCAUCGACCACCUGAUGGACGUGGACCCAGAGCUGGCCUGCCUUCCAUUCCCACAUCAGGAGGAGGAGGAAGAUGCUGGUGCUUCUCCAUUGUACCUGGCUAUCUCACUGGGUGAAAUAGAGAUUGCGCAGCACCUCUAUGUCAAGAGCAAAGGCAAGCUGUCUUACUUGCAUGCAGCGGUUCAUCGUGGCCAAGCGGCAGCGCUGCCUAUGGUUUUGAAAUGGCUGAUCAAGAAGGAUCCUAAGGCGAUGGCGGACGACAUGCAGCAGCAGCAGCGAGCAGAAGGCCAAGGGCGCGCUCAUCUCCAUCUCCUGUCGCAGCUGACUAGGCAGAGGGACAAGGAGAACGGGAGCACACCUCUUCACUUGGCGGCAGGCCGCGGUGGCUUACCAUCGCCACGGAUGUCCAAAACGCAUCCAUACUUUUGGGGAUGCCUCCGCGUGGUGAAGGCCCUGCUGUGGAGAUGCCGAGACUGCGCCACCCUGCGAGAUGCCAAGGGCAGGACGUUCCUCCACAUCGCUGUCGAGGAGGGUCGCUACAACGUGGUCAGAUAUGUGCGCCAACAGAGCCAAGGCAGCAGGCGGCACAAGAGCCUUGCUGAUGCUGCAGUUGCACGAGUGUUGUCCUCGAUCCUGAAUGCGCAGGACAUCAACGGGGACACUGCACUGCACCACGCUGUCCACGCUGGGAACUGGGCAGUCUUCUUCUGUCUAGCUCGGAAUCAGAGGGUACGUUUGGAUGUACAGAACAAGGAGGGCAUGACACCUAUUGAUGUUGCAUGGAGAGAGAUGCCUUUAAAGGUUUAUUAUGCAUGGGAUUCAAGAAUACACAUACGGAAAUAUCUAUUAAUAGUUGGAGCUCCCUACGGUGAAAAUCGGGGCGACCUCUUCCACCAAAAGCACAUCCUCCCCAAACAAGACGAGGACAAGAUGUCGGCGAAUCUAACAGCGGCAGCACAAGUCCUAGGCCUUUUCUCCGUGCUCAUGACAACCGUGACAUUUGCAUCGGCUUUUACGUUGCCUGGAGGCUACCGAUCAGCUGGCGACGGUGGUGGUGGUGUGGCCGGCACACCAGUGCUCGCUGGGCCACGGAGGAGCUACGCUUUUGAUGCGUUUGUCCUCUCUAACGCCCUGGCAUUUCUCUGCUCUCUCUACGCCACCUCCCUCCUGCUCUACGCCGGGGUGCCAUAUGGGACGCUCACCGGGCGCUUUGCCACUAUUAAUCAUGCAUACACCCUGAUGUGGCACGCUGGAAGAAGCUUGCUGGCCGCUUUUGCCCUGGGCCUCUACGUCGUACUGUUUCCAGUCGCUCGCACCAUCGCUAUUGUGGUUCUUGUCUUGGCUGGUAUCGUUGCAGUUGGCUUCGUCAAGGAUUCAGAGGGCAUCAGAUCUAUGAUCGUGAUUGGAAGAUCAAGACGGAUGCCGUCAAUAUGGGACGUUCUGUUACACUGGAUCAUUUAUGCCUUGGACCGCUUCUGGUCCUACAUAAUAAUCUUCGGCCUCCCAGCUAUUCACAAGUGA